AUGAAUUAUGGAUCGUCUAUAGUAGACUGCAAUCCUUUGGAUAUCCCACUGUAUGGUUUUGAAUUUGUUCCAUUUGGUGAUAUUUUGGCCAAAAAAGGUUCUGAUGUUUAUCUCAUUGCCACAAUAGAGGACAUAGAUGUUGGGUAUAGUUGGUAUUACGAUGGAUGCAACAGAUGUAUGAGUGGAGUGAUAAGGGAAGAUGAUGUCAUUCGAUGUAGAAAGGAGAAUGUAGUGUUACGUAGUACAACACCAAGAUUCAAGAUAAAAUUGAUUGUUGCUGAUAAAUCUGGAGAUGCUUCUUUUAUGAUGUUUGAUAAAGAGGUGUCUAAAUUGGUUGGUAGAACAGCAAAAGAAAUGGUUGCCUCUCAAAAUCAGAUGGAAAACAAUGAGUUUCCUGAAGAAUUCAAAAGUCUAUUGGGGAAAAGAUUUUUGUUUAAGGUCACCGUGCCAUAUAAUAAUGGUGUUGAUCAAAAUUAUUCCUACACUGUGAAUUCUACGUCUGAUGAACCUGAAUUAAUUAAUAAGUGGAUUGAACUUUACGUGAAGUUGGAGAACUCUAUUGUUGUGAAAAAAGAGAGUGAGGCAGAAAGUGUCCAAGAAUGUGAAGAGAACAUGGAUCUCUCUCAUUCGGAGGCAGACUCUUCUUUCUCCCACAUCACACCGCAAAAGAGGGCAACAUUACUUGAUGAACAUUCACCCUUAGGAAUGCAGCUUUCAACUACCAAGAAACUCAAGUCUGUUGUGCCUCAAGAAGAAGAAUGA